UUUGGAUUUCGCGAGCUCAAGUGGUUUCGUUGGACUCGUUUUUAUAAUUUGAUAAUUUUUUAAUUUUCAUUUUUCUCAAAACUAUUGUCCUUAGUCGCCAGUAAUAGCAAAUAAUUAAGUGAAAAAGAAAUUAGUAAAAGUAACAUAUUGUGAUAAAAAAAUUUAAUUUUUCUAGAACUUAGUAAGUAAGAACAAAGCAUAAAGAAGUUUUCGUACCGCGUUUGUGACUUGGAAAUCAACAGUUGAGUUCGUGUCAUUUUUUUGAUAUUCGUCAUAAGCAGCAAGAAAUAGAAAGUUGAGAGAAAGGCCGUGUGUGUCCAGCAAAGAAAUAUUAAAUUAGAAACGCAUAAAGAAACAAGGUUAAAUUAAUUACAUUACAAAGAGUUGUUGAAACAACAACUACUAGACGACAGCAAGUAGUAGAAGGAAAACUACUUUUCAUCUUAAUUGACUAAAUUUUCUUUUCCUGUUAGUUUUAUAUCAAUUUAUUGUAUGAGUCAAAAAACUGAAAGACCAGUACUAUCAGGUCAGCGCAUCAAGACCAGAAAAAGAGAUGAAAGAGAAAAAUAUGACCCAACGGGAUUCCGUGAUGCGGUCAUUGCUGGUCUCGAAAAAACUGAAGGUGACUUAGAUGAAAUCUCCAAAUUUUUACAUAGCGCUGGUAAUAAACUUGAUUAUCGCCGUUACGGCGAAGUACUAUUUGACAUAUUAAUAGCUGGUGGUCUCUUGGUUCCUGGUGGGUCAAUCUCUCAGGAUGGCGAGAAGCCAAGCACAAACUAUUGUAUAUUCCAAGCCCCAGAGGACAUGGAAUCGAUGCGGAACCAUGAGCAGGUGUUCGUCAAUCUCAUGCGUCGAUAUAAGUACUUGGAGAAGAUGUUCGAAGAAGAAAUGAAGAAGGUAUUAGUCUUCAUUAAAGGUUUUACUCCAAUUGAACGCGUUAAACUUGCGCGUAUGACAGCGCUAUGGUUAUCCAAUGGUUCUGUGCCACCAAGUGUACUAUUGGUGCUCAAUAAUGAGCACUUGAUUAAGGAUGGCAUUGCUCUCGAUUUUCUGGUUGAGCUAUUUGUCACCUUUAAACAAGAAAAGGGAAUUCAAUCUCUUAUACAGACACUGAAAAAGGGUGGUCUUGAAAGCAAACUCAUGGACUUUUUCCCACCAAACAAACGUACUGAAGAGAACUUCAAACAGGUAUUCCUUGAUAAAGAACUAACCGAAAUUAUCAAAUUGCAUAAAGCUCAGGCCAGUCAAGAGGCUAAACGUGAAUUGCAACAAACACUUAUCGAUGACAUUCACGAUGAGAAACCCCACUCGGAAAUCAGUGCUAAUAUCAAAGAAUUGGCACAAAAAUCCAACAUUCCCGACAAUGAAAUCAUCAUCAUCAUAUGGUCAACAAUCAUGUCAUUGGGUGAAUGGAAUAAAAAGGAAGAGCUUGUCACCGAACAGGCUGUACGCCAUCUAAAGGGCUAUUGCCCAUUGUUCCAGGCAUUUGCCACCACCGAUCGUGCCGAAACAGCAUUGAUCUUGAAAGUUCAGGAGUUUUGUUAUGAAAACAUGAACUUUAUGAAGGCCUUCCAAAAGAUUAUUUUGUUGUUCUACAAAACUGAAAUCUUAUCCGAAGAGGUUAUUUUGCGUUGGUACAAAGAAAACAACUCUGUCAAGGGUAAAAUGCAUUUCCUUGAACAAAUGAAGAAAUUUGUAGAAUGGCUGCAAAAUGCUGAAGAAGAAUCUGAAUCUGAAGAUGAACAAAAGAAUGGCGAAUAACAUGUUCUAAUUCAACAAGAAAUAAUAUAAUACUAGUAAAAUAAUGAAAACGGAUGAUAUAUGAUAUGAUAAUGAAGGGUAGAAUGACGAAGGAAGACAACAUUGCCCCAAGAAAAAAAACAUGCAAAUGCAUAUAUAUUAUGAACAUAUUAUAAGACUAUGAAAGAGGAGUUUUCCCUCUCAACAAACCCUAUACUAUAUUAAUAUAACAAGAACAAGCUACUUUUGUUAUCAUCUGUGUAAACAACUUUAAUAACUACCACGCAAUAAUGUCAAAAUUAUGAACAGAUUCUGGGCAGACAUUACCGGCAAACAUUCAGAACCAAUGCAAUAUCAUCAUUCACAUUAAUCUCUUAAGAAAAGAAAAACAACAAAAGGAGGUUGGUCGUCAUGAAACGGAUUUGUCAACAUCUAAAGCCCCCCAAAGUCACAAGCUCAGACACCAUCAAACCAGCAGUAACAAUGGAAAACACCACCUUCAUUAAUUGUAAAAAGAAAACCAUACAAUGCAUAUAAACAGCAAAACACACACACAUAUACACCAUCUACAUACAUACUAUAUAAAUAACAACCAACAACAACCGUUAUGGAAUCCAAAUUUUGACGGCAGUAAAAUGGAAAAAAAAAAACAAAAAUUGACAACAAGAAAACAUAUUUUAUUGCAAUAUACAAACAAGAACAAUUUAUAGUAAAAAAUAAAAUAAAACAAAUUUAAUAAAAAAAAUAAACAAAGAAAUGGUAUUAUGCAUUAUACACAUACAAUAUAUAAAUGAUUGAUGAAAAUAUAAAAUAAAGAUUUAAUUAUUAUUAUAUAUAAAUAACGGAAAUAAUAAAAUUGGUGGAAUAUCAUCUCCUACAAUAAUAAACAAAACAAAAUAACACUCCAAAAUGCCAUGACGAUGAUAAAAUAAUUAAAAAAGGACAUUGAUGAUGAUGACCAGGUUAUUGUUUUGUAACCACACCAACUAACCAGGCAGAAGAGCACAACAACAACCCAAUGUGUGCAAAAUAAAAAUUAUAUAAUUUGCUGAAAUUUUUUAGAAUUUAUUGUGUAUUGAGAAAAAACAGCAACUACUAUAAAAAUUUUUUAAUUUAUUUUAUUUUUUUCAUUUGACCCCCUAAGAAAAAUAUCGUGUUGUCUGGAAUAAUAACCAUUAUAUAUUUUUUUCUAUAUACUUUUUUAUUUAUUUAAUUUAAAAAACACAAAAUUGAACAAAUACAACAACACUACUCAACAACCAACAUUUUAUUGGUUUUUAUUUAUUUCUGUUUUUUUUUUUGUUAAGGAAACCAAAAGUGUAAAAUCGUUUGUAUCGUUUUACCUAAAAAAAAAAACAAAAACAAAUAGACUUGAAUUUUAAUCUACAACCACAAA